UACAACGGAACGUUAAACUGAUGAAGUCAUCCCGUGUCAAAAUUUGUGAUAAUUUAUGUCAACAAAACAAAUUUGUUUCUAAAAUUGCAAAGAAUUCAUUUAAUUGUACGAAAUGGGUCUUUUUGGGAAAUCUCCGGAGAGAAAUCCGAAGGAAAUGGUGAACGAGUGGUCUCACAAACUACGGAAGGAGGGAUAUAAUUUAGAUAGACAAAUAAGAAGUAUACAAAGAGAAGAAGAUAAAAUAAAAAGGUCUCUUAAAGAAGCCGCAGCUAAGAGUGAUAAGCAAGUGUGCACAAUUCUGGCUAAGGAGAUCAUCAGGUCUAGGAAGGCAAUCAGUAAAAUCUACACCAGUAAGGCACACCUUAACUCUGUGCAGAUGCAGAUGAAAAAUCAAUUGGCCACAUUACGGGUUGCCGGAUCAUUGCAGAAAUCCACUGAGGUGAUGCAAGCAAUGCAGGCACUAGUCCGCCUGCCGGAGGUUGCUGCCACAAUGCAGGAACUCAGCAAAGAGAUGAUGAAAGCCGGCAUCAUUGAGGAGAUGCUAGAUGAGACCAUGUCCAGCAUGGAAGAUGAGGAAGAAAUGGAGGAAGCGGCGCAGAGUGAGGUUGAUAAGGUGCUAUGGGAGCUAACGCAAGGCAAGCUUGGCGAAGCUCCCGCCCCUCCCACGGCCGUCGCCGCGCCCUCAACCAGCAAGGAGGAGGAGGACGUGCCCGAGCCCACCGAGAGCGAACUGGACGAGAUGCAGUCACGCCUGCAAGCGCUGCGCUCUUAGUACAAAUGCAAAUCCACCGAUUGUCGGAGAUCAGAUAUAGGAAGGCUACCUCAAGCCAUGGCGGAGUUGACAAAUGCCUUAAGAACAAUGUAAAUAUCGUUGUUGUAUGUAUAUGUAAUUAAGUUUGUACGCCGUACGAGAGUUUUACAACUAAUUCAUAGUUAUUAUUAUUGUUUUAAUAGCGCUAUUUGUAUAACUGAGAUCGAAUUAACUGUUUUGGAAGAUAUUGAUUGUUAUGCAGCAUUGCAUUAAUCAGGGGUACACAAUGCUAGGUUUUUGAGUUUUGGGUACUUAAUUUGUAUUCAGAAUAUGCGUUAGAUGUCAUAGAAGGAACCGUUUAGUUUAUAAUUGCACUGAAAUGUUUUGGGCUUCUUACAUCGAGAGUCAACUUCAGAUGAAAAAUCUUACCAUAGCUAUUCAUUUAUGAAUGAUUGAUAGCAAUGACAGAGCUAGUUUUUUUCAGUUAUUCCUUCCAUGCUCUCUUGAAUAAAAAAGUCAUCUCGUUUUGGCCUUCAAACAAUAUACAAUUUUUUGUAGAUAUUGUGUUUUAUAAAUUGUUGUCUCUUUACACAUGUAUUGUAGUAAUAAACAUUUUCUAUUUAUUUACUACAAAUACAUUUUUGUCAGUUUAUAGGUAAUGUAACGCGGAUAUAAUAUGUAUUUAACUUUUAUUACUGGCUAAAAUCAAAAACGCCCAGGAGCCUACUAGUAUGUAUCAUAUGUGAUUUCAAAUUUAAAACGCCGAAGACGCUGGAUGCAGGUCGCCUGCUACAGGUAUCUGUGGAGAUCUAAGGGGGAGGCCUAUGUUCAGCAGUGGACGUCCUAUGGCUGAGAUGAUGAUGAUGAUGAAAUUUAAAACGACGAAAUUUAUUCGAUAUGAAUCGAUUUCGUACAUUGAAUGCGUGCAUUAACGUUAUAAGUUCAGUUGUGAUAUACUUAUAAUUUUAUAGCUUUUAUAACGCUAGAGUAUUGUAUAGUGAGCGAGAGCUUCCGAAAUGUUUUUAUGUCUACUUCAGUUAUUGAAUAAAAUGCACUAACUAUUA